AUGGGCAGGACCUUGCAAGCUCCUCCGACCCCUCAUGCGCCCCCCGUGAACAUUGCCAUGUCUGCCCUGAGCAUGAUCAGCCGAAGGUGGGCUACGAAGAAAGCAGGAGGAUCCUCGAGGAACGGGAGAGACUCUCAACCAAAGAUGCUUGGAGUGAAGAAACUAGGAGGAGAGCAAGUAACGGUAGGCAACAUCAUUAUCCGACAGCGGGGGACCAAGUUCAGACCAGGAGACAACGUCGGUCUUGGGAGGGAUCACACGAUCUUUGCUCUCACUAGCGGCAACGUACGCUUCGUGUGGGGUGGGCUCAGGAAGCAGUUCACCGUCAGUGUGGUCCCCCACAAGCAAUUUGGCGAUCUUUGCUGCCAUAGGGCGUUUGAGGCCAUGAAGAAGAAUGCGUGUGACAGGGCAAUGGGCUUCUUGGGACAGGCCAAGUUUGCAUACGGCCUAGCUGAAGGUCAGGACAGAGAAGAAGGGCUCAAGAAGCUGGGAGAGGUUUUGACGAAAGUGAAGGCGAAGAUCGCAGAGAAGAAUUUGUUUUUGGUAGGACCAAGUCCCAUUGUUGAGGGGGGCGAGCAGUCCAUCGCUGAGAAGGCGAAGUCGGCGGUGUGA